AUGGUUAUGGUGAAUCGAUCGAUGCUCGUGAACUUGAGGAGGCUAAUUUCCAAUAACGCCAAAUCGACUAAUCCUGCCAUGCAAUUUCCUUGUUUGGAUAAGCUUGAGGAAAUCACUGCGCAGUUAAAGCAAAAGAAUCGACCAGGGUCUUGCUCAAUCUCUGAUCCAACAUCAUCUCCUAGCAAUGAACCCGUCUAUGGUAAAGUUCAGUCUGGUUUCAAGCUUUUCGAGUCAAAUGAGCCGCUUUUCCUUGAUUAUGGUGGCGUACUGCCGCAGUUCCGGAUAGCAUUCGAAACCUGGGGCAAACUAAACAAGAAUAAAUCAAAUGCAGUGUUAGUGCACACAGGCUUAAGUGCUUCUUCGCACGCACGCUCAUCGAUAGAUAAUCCUCAACAUGGAUGGUGGGAAAAAUUCAUAGGGCCAGGCAAUCCUGCCCUAGAUACAGACAAAUACUUUGUGAUCUGUACCAACGUUUUAGGGGGUUGUUACGGCUCCACAGGCCCAUCUUCCCAAGAUCCGGCAGAUGAAUUGCCCUAUGCUACACGCUUCCCUAUGCUGAGCAUCCAGGAUAUCGUAAGAGCCCAAGAGAGACUGAUAAGGACACAAUUCGGAAUCCAAAAGCUGUAUGCUUCAGUAGGGAGCUCAAUGGGGGGAAUGCAGUCUUUGGCGUUUGGCCAACUUUUUCCAGAUAGUGUGGAGAAGAUUGUUUCCGUAUCUGCUUGUGCUAGGUCGCACCCAUCAAGCAUCGCAAUGAGGCAUGCUCAAAGACAGGUUUUGAUGGCUGAUACUAAUUGGUCGCGUGGCUUUUAUUAUCCGAGCUCUAGUGAGCCUAACAAAAUUCCUCCACAUAUAGGAAUGAAACUGGCCCGUGAAAUUGCCACUGUUACGUACAGGUCUGGUCCUGAGUGGGAGUCCCGAUUUGGUACUGAGAGACUAAAUGAAGAAACUUCUCCUGUCCUUUGUCCCGACUUUUUGAUUGAAACCUAUUUGGAUCAUCAAGGGGAGAAGUUUUCUCUUGAAUAUGAUGCUAACUCGUUUCUUUAUUUAUCGAAGACCAUGGACUUAUUUGAUUUGUCAAGAAGCCAUGCUAAUAGAAGUCAUCGGAGGCGAAUAAAGGCAGCUGAAGAAUACGAAAAGGGAUCUUUCUCUGAGAAGCGCUUAAGUGAUUUGCCUUACAAGGCAGCGAAAAAGCGCAGAACUACAACAGUGGAGGAAGCUCGUGAAGAUUUAAGGAUAGGCAUGGAACCCCUUCGAAACAAAGAGAUACUGGUCGUGGGAGUGAGAUCGGACGGACUUUUUCCAUACUGGCAGCAAAGAGAAAUUGUGGAAUUACUUGGCGGGGACUCUAAAGUCACCCACGUUGAGCUCGACGAAACACAAUCUUUAUACGGCCACGAUACAUUCCUCCUCGAUGUUGAUCAUGUUGGAGGUAGCAUAGGCAAGUUCCUAACCCAAUGA